AUGGCUCGCUCCAGCGCUGUCGCAUUGAUGAUAAUGGCGAUUAUCAUGACCUCUGCGUUAGCGCAACCUCCUGCAUCAUCACCUACACCUUCUCCUGUUAAAUCUCCGCCGUCAUCGACUUCAACUCCGGAACCAGCUGCUGCUCCUCAUUCUCAGCCACCUAUCUCCGCUGCUCCUGCUUCUACUCCUGAAAAGAGUAGCACUCCACCGAAGUCUUCUUCUCCAGAAUCUCCUCCUCCUCCUCCUCCUACUCCUACUAGUACUCCAGAGUCUUCUCCUCCUCCAGUAACGUCUUCUCCUGCUCCCUCCACAAUCUCGGCGCCGCCUUCUGAAGCUCCUUCACCGGCUGAAAACAGCGCCUUUUCACACAGAUUUGCUAUUUCUGGAACUGUGGCUGCUGGUCUCUUUGUUGCCGUUUUGGUAAUGUAG